CGCGCCUCCACCGCCGACCUCAUCGCUGCCAUGUAUUCAUCAUACCAGUCCAGCGGUGUUUAUCCGAUGGGGUACCCGACGGGUAACUACCCGUCCCAGGCCGGCUUCACCACCACCCAGCACCAGAGAUACCAAGCACUCUCACAAAACAUGAUGCACCUACAGCAACAACAGCAGCAACCGUACCUCCAGAUGCCCCAACAACAACAGCAACAGCAGCAGAAGCCACAAGCACAGCCCCAUGCAGCACAAACACAGCUACAAGCACAGGAACUGACCAGGACCAGUGCGGCCCAUCGGGCGGAGCGAGCGAGUAUGGGGGCGCCUUCCCGCGUGGGCAUGGGUAUCGGUAGGGCUGGGGCUGCAGCUGAGGGUUACGCGCGUGGGGCGGAGGGGACAGCACAGGGGCAGAGGGAGUACCGCAGCGCGGCUAUAACGGCAAAACAGACAUCAGACAUGUGAGGGAAAUGAUGAAUGAAAUGGUGGUGUUGUCUCCCGCAUUUGUGUGUGUGUGUGUGUGUGUGUGUGUGUGUGUGCGAUGACUCAGACACGCCGGCAAGCAACUGAAGACCUUGGUGACCAAGCCAGCUCCAGGGGUGAGCAAGGACAAGCCAGACUAAUACGCGAGAUACACUGACGCGUCGCUGUACAUGCCGAUUGCAGGGUGGUGGUGUGCCACAGCGUCCAAUUGGGGCCGGAGGCCAGACGGCUACCCCAGACGAUUUGUUGGGAUCGCAGCAGUCAUGGGUCGGUUCACCGAAAGGAACAAGACAGACAUGUCUCUUACGUCACACGCAGCUGCGUGUGUGUGUGCUGCAUGCGAUGCGUUGCAGGUCGACAGUUCGUUGAUGCACCUGAAGAUGCUCGUGGAUGCCAGGCUGGCGGCGACGGAGGUCGGGCAGGUGAAGAGGAGCUACACAGCCUUCUUGAACGCUCUCAAGUCUCACAUAGAAGAGGCGCAGACAUGGCAACACCAGACACCACGGGUGGGUGACUUGACUGACCACCCGGUCAGCCGCGCCGCGUAUAUGCAGCGGGGUUUCCCUGCUGUGUGUGAGACAGAUUGUGGACAGGCUAUCGGUCGUCAGGGCGUCGCUCAAGCCCAUGGUCACUGCGGAUUUGCGCGAUCAGUUCCCCACUAUCUACAUUUUGACGGUGCGGGCCCUCAACUGCAUCGCCGCCAAGGCUGCCGAAUGCGCCAGACCAGCCAGGCCAGACGGUGGCGACAAGGCCGCGACUCAGGCAAGCAUUAGGAGAAUGCUCGAUGGGCAAUGGCGGUGGGCGCGGCGCAAGAAUGUGGCUCGUGUGCGUUGGUUGCAUUGCAUCAUCAGGGCGCCGAGGGUGCGGAGGAGCCUCCUGCCGAGGACGCAACGAACGUGGAUAAGCAGAAGUACUUCUACUCGACGCUGAUGAAGCUCAAGCUGGACCUGAUAGACACCGAGAGGACCCGGCGGGACACCAUGAGCGACAUCUGGCAGCAUGUGCUGGUGAGCGAGGUUGGCCAAAGCGACACCACUGGCUCGUUUCCAUGUGUGGGCAUCUUGUUGGUCUCCCUCCCUGGUGCUGCCUGCCAUGUGUGCUGUGCAGGCAAGGGGUCUGCCUGUGUCUGACUACGAAAAAUGGUGCGUCGCGCAGCUCGGCGGGGCUUCAGCGUUCAAACCCAACUCGUGGGUUGCCAAGAAAUACGGUCGACCCAUCACUUCAAAAGGUCAGCGAAAGACAGACACAUUGAUGAUGCACCAACACAUACCUCCUGUGCGUGCAGCAGUUGAGGGGUAUCCGCCGCCGCCGCAGCAGCAGCAACAGCAACAGCAACAGCAGCCGCCAUACGUCGCCCCCCCUCAGCGGCCCGUGACAACGAGCACGACAGCAGGUGGUCAGCUCUCGCACACCUUCGCCCCUGGGUCGUUCGCGGCUGCCCGUGCUGCAUGGGCUGGGGGUGACUAUGGGCAGCAGCCACAGCCGUCUUAUCAUCAUCCUGCGGCAGCAGCAGCAGCAGCAGCAGCAGCAGUUGAGUAUCCGUCAUCGCACCAUCAUCAGGCGGCCAUGGGUGUGGGUGGGUAUCGGGGGCAGGUGUAUGGUGCUAGGAGAUAGAGUGGAUGGGUGGAUGUGUGUUGCUUUCUUCUCUCUGUGCCUAUCUAUGGUUUGGCGACUGAUUUGUGGGUAUGCAUUCGGUUCGGUGCGGUUGGUUGUUCUUACUUGCGUGGGACGGAGAGAUAUAUGCGAUGGUGAUGCUGACU